CUUAGUUACACCUUAGUAAAGCUGUGUGUAAUUGGGCCUUUCAGCUUCCGUAGAAGCAUUGAUUAGGAUUGGUUGUUAUUCUUCACUAUAAGUGGGUGAAGUAAAAGGGAUGAUGGACGCAGCAACCCUGACAUAUGAUACCCUGCGAUUUGCCGAUACCCCAGACUUCCCUGAAACAGCAGAGCCGGUCUGGGUGCUGGGCAGGAAAUACAGUGCGUUGACAGAAAAGGAGGAACUUCUGAAUGAUAUCACAUCCAGACUCUGGUUCACUUACAGAAGAAACUUUCAAGCAAUAGGAGGAACGGGUCCUACAUCUGACACAGGCUGGGGUUGCAUGCUGCGCUGUGGGCAGAUGAUUUUUGCUCAGGCUCUCCUUUGUCGGCACAUAGGACGAGACUGGAGGUGGGACGGGCAGAAAAAGCCACAGGGGGAAUACCUUAACAUCCUAACAGCUUUUCUGGAUAAGAAGGACAGCUACUACUCCAUCCAUCAGAUCGCCCAAAUGGGAGUUGGAGAAGGCAAAUAUAUUGGACAGUGGUAUGGGCCAAACACUGUGGCACAGGUGCUAAGGAAGCUCACCGCCUUUGAUCAUUGGAGCUCCAUCGCAGUUCACGUAGCAAUGGACAACACCGUAGUAACACAAGAGAUACGGAGAAUGUGCAGAGCGGGGAGCACGGAGAGCUGUGACGCUGGGCCCCUGUGUAACGGUCACCCUGGGGCAUCGCAUUCAGACGGGCCGUGGAAGCCUCUUGUGCUGCUCAUACCUCUACGUCUGGGACUCAGCGAGAUCAAUGAAGCGUAUAUUGAAACACUGAAGCAAUGCUUCAUGCUCCCUCAGUCAUUAGGAGUUAUUGGUGGGAGGCCUAAUAGCGCUCAUUACUUCAUUGGAUAUGUUGGUGAAGAGUUGAUCUAUCUGGACCCCCACACUACACAGCCUACCGUGGAGCCCAGUGACUGCAGUUUUAUAGCAGACGAGAGCUUCCACUGCCAGCAUCCGCCGUGCCGAAUGCACGUUUCCGAGAUCGACCCCUCUAUAGCAGUGGGCUUUUUCUGCAACACAGAAGAUGACUUUGAUGACUGGUGCCAACACUUUAGAAAGCUUUGUUUGACUGGAGGAGCUUUACCAAUGUUUGAAGUGGUGGAUCAGCUACCUCUACAUUUAUCCAACCCCGAUGUGCUGAACCUCACGCCAGAUUCCUCGGACGCUGAUCGACUUGACAGAUUCUUUGACUCCGAAGAUGAAGAAUUUGAAAUCUUAUCUUUUUGAGGUCAUUAGACUCUUAAAACAACUGUCUGUAAGAGAGGAAACAACAUGCUUACUUUAUUCCGAAGCAAGACGCUCCCUUGUGGUAUAAAGGACUCUCGAGGGACUGCUGGAUAUUUUAUGCUCUCUGGGACUGUUGGAAGAUUCCAGUUGUGGAUUUGCCUGUACCACGCAUCACAUCAUAGUACGCCAUGUCUUCACAUGGUGCGUACGGCUACUGCUUCUGGAUUCAGCGGGGAAUUUUUUUCAUGCUUUGGUUUAUUACAUUCCAUGCACAGGAAAAAUGCCACUACUAAAAAAAAAAAUGAAAAUAUGGAUAAAAAUGAGAGUGAAGAGGAAAAUAUUGGAAAUAUCAUUGCCUGGAGUUGGACUUUGUAGUAGCACGCUGUAGCUGUAGAUACCAGGCUGAGAAGGUUUUCUAGAGGAAAAGCUGGUGACAAAAUAAGGGGGCUCGGGAAAAAUAUAAUAACGAAUUAAUAGGAUGAGUGAGAAGAAUCAGCUGCGUUUUACAAGAUCGUGCUGGGGAUAUCUGAGACUAUGCCUUGGGGUGAAGAUACUUUGCACUCAGCAUUGGGUGUCUCGGGUCCUCUAGAAACGUGGGGUUUGUGCUGCGUAUGGUACAGGAACUGCAUAAUCGUUUGACAUUCACGCCGCUAAUGCUUUGCGCCUUUUUAUUUUUAAUUGUGAACCUUCAGAUAUAUUACACUCUUAAUAAUUAAGAACUCGUUUUACUUUCUUUGUUAACAUCUGCACUUGCGGAUCAGUAAUGCUACUUGGUCUUAAAUUAAAAACUAUUUAAUAAAGAAAAAAAAUGGUGCCCUGAAA